AUGGCAAAUCGGCUGGCCAAAUGGUGGUCCAAGUCCAAAAAGAAAGAUGAUGAACCUUCCCUAGAUGACGGCACACCACCCACGUUUCCAGCUCUUCCGUCUCAACGACCUAGCAUACUCACCCCAUCUUCCUCCCAAGAAAGCCUUGCUCUGGAAGCCACAUCGUCCAGCCUUUUCUUUCAGAAACUGCCACCGGAGCUGAGGCGCCGCAUACUCGAGGACGCCUUUGGUGGGCACCGAGUCCACAUUGACCUUAUCUACGAUCACAUCCCGCAACAACAGGCGACGUCUGUCUGUGGUCACGGCAGCCUGCCUCUGGUCAGUCGUGACGUCGGCGAUACCGAUCUCCUUCAGCUCGACACAAAAUCACCAAAGAAAUGGCUCUGGAGGGGAUCCGUUUGCCACAGAGACUCACCCAAUCCUGGCCCAGAAGGCCAUCGCAUACAGCCAGCCCACGAUCAAUGCCGGUUUGGUGUUACUGGCAGCGAGACCUGCAACUCGUGGCCAGGCACGAAACCUGGAAAAUGCCAAAUCGGAGUGCUAGGGUGGCUCCAAAGCUGCCGACAAGCCUACGUUGAGGGGAUCGACGUCCUCUACUCGACUAACACGUUUCACACUGCAAGCAAACCGAUAUUACUCAACGCAUCCGACGUUUUACUAAGACAACGCCUCGAACGCAUAGCUGCCGUAGAGCUAAUAUGGGAAAUGGAGGAAGCGCCGAUCUGGAGUGGUGGGGGUGGUCAGGCAUACAAGACCAUGCGCUCCUUUUGGGACUUCUUGGAUGCAGCACCCAAGUUGUUCCCGAAUGCGAGAAGCAUGCAUAUAUCAAUCCAGUGGAAGCCACAAUAUAAAAUACAGCUACCGGUUACCAUGUCGGAAAAUUACUUUGGAUAUGCAGAAGGCGGCAUCCUGGACAGAGUAGAGACAAUGGCACGGAGACUCGGCCCGCAUGUCGAAGACUUUUCUCUUGCGAUACCCAGUUCCAUGUACCGGCCUAGGAGAGAUCGGGCACGGCGAAACGGACAAAAAGUUGAACAGGCCUGGAAAGGCGGGCAGUUGGAGCGAUAUUUUCAUCCAGUUCCUGGAGCACUACACCGUGACGGAUACUGGAUUCGACUGGGGCUACGAGAUAUUUUGAUGCCGAGAUCACAGGAGACGAUAGAUUCCAACAACGAUCCGCGCUUAUUGCAAGAAGAUUGGAUCAUGUUUGAACCUGCCGGAUAG